AUGGACAGCAAGCAAAUGAGCAUGCCAAGGAUAAGGACGCAAAGGCGCCUCGCGCUCUGUAAGCCGAGGAAGCUGCGCGUGAUGACAUGGACAACGGAAUGUUUUAAUAACAAAAUAAAAAUGGCAUUGUUAAUUUUAAUAUGGACAUUAAUAUGGCGACCGGGUGAGUGUGUGAGGGUCAGUGGUGGCGUUGGCAAUGGCGGCGAAAGCAAUCAAGCUGAGCGAGACAAUGUAAGCUACAUCGUCAGUAAUUUGUAUGAGCAGAUGGAGAUCAGUAGCCUUGAUGUAGGCGACAAUGAGGUGGUUAAAGCACUUUUUUCUACAGCACAGCAGGAUGCGGCAAAGGUCGAGGGGGGCGAUUUGGAUGACAAGCGGCGGCAGUGGCGGCGUGCGUUGGACAGUGAUCAAUUCAGUGCAAUUAAUGAAAUGUUAAAUAGUUCGGCAACGGCCAGCGAGAAAGACUGGAGCAAAUUGUUUAAGCGAGAUUUGGGGGAAGCGCAGGGGUUAGAAGCAAAAGUAAAAUCGGCUAUAGUGGACACAAUGGAUGGCGCAAAUUUUGCAUUGCCACAGCAAACAGAUGGCAUGCAGGCAACAACAGCAACAACAACAGCAGCAGCAGCAGCAACAGAGCAUGCUAACAACACGAUGACAGCAGCAACUAUGAAUGGGGACGUUAAAAUUAAUGACUACCAAAAGGUGAGAAAUAAUGGAAAUGAAAAUGCCAAGCGACCAAAGGUUGUUGACAGCGGAUGUGCAGCAACACAAUUGCCAGCAGCGACAACAACAACCACACUGGCAGCAGCAAGCGCGUCACUCUCUGGAGAGCAGCAAAAGUUUGUAGGAAAAAUGGAGCAAGGUAGCGCGGCAGUAGCAGAAUUUGCGUCAUCGCUCGAUGUGGAUGUGGAUGUUACAGCCGCUUUGCAGCAGCAGUUAAUUUAUGAAUUUGCAAUUAAAUACAAGCAUAUACCGCGUGUCACGUUUUUCACCUGUCGCUGGCUGAGUGGUCAACAACGGCGAAUGCCGUCCGGCGACGACGACGACCGCGACCAGGCGGGCAAUCAAUUCGACCAACAAAUGACAUACUUAAAUAUGCAAACUGUGGAAAUAUUGGAGCGCAUGUAUGGCACUAAGGUGGCAACAGCAGCCAAAAUGAGGUCAGAUGCAGGUGCAGCUGGAGCUGAAGCUGAACCAAAAUUAACCGCCAACAAGGUAGCAACAACAACCAAACGAGUUGCAACAGCGGGAGCACAGAAAUUGACAACCACUUCAAAAAUUGCUGCAGCCACUAGCACAGCUGGGCAAAUGCGUGCCAAUGGAAAUAUGGCUGGUCAACGCACUGCCGUUACAAGCACUACAACUACAAAUGCGCACAAGCAGAGCGGAAAAGGAAGUGCUGCCAGUCGUCGAGAAGUGCCUGUCCCCGCCACCGCUGGAGCUGAUGAUGCCAACACCCAUGGCACUACGCCUAGCACCGCUACACCACCGAGGGACAUUUUAAUUAAAGUUGUGCAUAUCGAUCAAUUAAUCAAUAACCGUCCAACUGCCACAAAUAACAAAAAUACCAAAAACAGUCGUUAUAAUUGGUAUGCGCAACGCACGUUUGGCGCAGGUUUUGGCAGUGGUUAUGGCCGAUCAGCGGGCGCACGCAAUGUGUACGCGAAUGCGAAUUGGUUGGAGCAAGCGCUGCAUGGCGGCGUUGGCAGUCGACAGGUUGUAGUGCUGAAUUUAGCAUGCGGUGCAGCGAGUCGACGGCUGCUCGAAAUGGCAUCGAAAAAAGCUUUGUUCAAUUCAACCUAUCAUUGGCUGCUGAUUGAGGAUUAUACAUUUAAUCGGCAAGCAGGAUUCGAUGGCAACGUUGACAAGAGCGAACAUCAGUAUAAUGAGCAAGUCAUCAAUAGCAAAAACAGCGAAAACAACAAAUCCAAUGAAGACAGCACCAGCAACAGCGACAGUGACAACGACAUUCUUACUGGUAAAUUUUUUCCGCAACAAAAGCAAUCGCAACAGCUGCAGCAGCAGAAAGCAUCAGUGCCGGCGACAUCUGCUGCCACCGUCGCCCACACUGCCAUCGUUGCGACUUCUACUUCCGCCAAUAAGGCGGAUGGCAUGGAGAUCAUUGAAAAGUACCUCGAAAAAAUCAACAUCAACAUAAAUACUGAGUUAAUAUUGGCAAAACGGCACACACGGCGUAUACGUGACGGCUGCAGGGCACAGUGUUCUAACAUAGAAGGCAAAGCAGCGAAAAACGGCAGUGGUGGAGUGCGUUCGGGAAGGGACGGUCGCUGCACGGCUGACAGUGAAAGCGCUACUAAUAACACACUUCAAAGGAAGGAUUACUACCAGCUCUACGAUGUUUGGAGUCCAGGACAACAAUAUGGCGGCCAAUUGAACAUUUCGGAAAUUGGAUAUUUCGCACUUGAUGAUGGUCUACAAAUUGCCCUCUGGUAUCGGAGAUCGACCACAAUUACAAGGCGAAUGGACAUGAAGAUGGCACGCAUCCGUUGCUUGAUUGUGGUAACAAAUAAAAAUUUUACAGAUACCCUGGAGCAUUAUCUAACAACACGCUAUGAUACGCAUUUGGAUUCAAUGAAUCGCUUCAAUUUCGCUCUACUUUCGCACGUAAGGGAUUUGUACAAUUUCAGUUUUGUGCUAUCGAAAACUGCCUCCUGGGGCUACCUGAAGAAUGGCAAAUUCGAUGGAAUGAUUGGAGCGCUGGUACGCAAACAAGCGGAUAUUGGUGGUUCGCCGAUUUUCUUUCGCAUCGAACGUGCCAAAGUGAUUGAUUACACGACACGUACGUGGGUGGCCAGACCUUGCUUCAUAUUUCGUCAUCCGCCAAGCACCAAAAAGGAUCGUAUCGUAUUUUUGCAACCCUUUUCAAAUACCGUUUGGAUUUCAUUAGGAUUUUGUGGCAUCUUUACCAUAUGCUUGCUGUGGUUAUUGACAACGGUCGAAAGACGCUUAGAGGCUUUGGGGGUCGUAGAAAAAUUGGGACAAAGCGUACGCGACAACAACAACAGCAACAGCAGUAAGAGUAACAACACCGCCAAACAACAGAGUGCAAUCGGCGGUAAUGAUGAACUACUAGGACGUUACUGUUCCACACGAACGACGACGACGACGACGACGACAAGUGGCUGUGGCACAAUGCAUUGCUGCAGCAACGAUAAUGCCGCCGCAGCCGCCGCCUUGUUGUUUGGGCCAACAAAAGCGCAACGGAAACAAAAGAUGGGCAAACUGGGAAAGUUGGUGCAACAGCAGCGCAAAGCGGAAGAACGGAAGAAUGUGAAACGUAUUAGCUGCAGGCCCUGCAUGCUCGGCUGCGGCAGUGCGUGCUGCGGCCAGACAAGCACCGAUGUGACGCAGCAGCGUUUCAGCUUAUUCUUCGAGUCGGUGCUUUUCUACGUUAGUUCCAUUUGUCAGCAAGGACUGACAUUUUCGACAAGUUUCUUUUCGGGUCGCUGCAUCGUUAUUACCAGUCUGCUCUUCGCUUUCGCCAUCUAUCAAUUCUAUUCGGCCAGCAUUGUGGGCACUUUGCUGAUGGAGAAACCGAAAACGAUACGGACAUUGCGUGAUUUGAUACACAGUUCGCUGGAAGUUGGAAUAGAAGAUAUUGCCUAUAAUCGUGACUACUUUUUGCGCACUAAAGACCCCAUCGCCAUGGAAUUAUACGCCAAGAAAGUGACCACCGUUCCAACGCAUAGUGAAACGCACACAGCGACGAAAGUUGGGAAUGCAACCGCAUUGCCGCUGCCCGAUGCAGCUGGCUUGCAACCCAAUGUGGAGCUUACCGAAGCGCAAAAGUCAAAGGCAUACCGCGAUAUAUUGCAUAGUCAUGAGACGGGUGCGCAUGCCAAGAUAAAUGAGGCAUCCAAUUGGUAUGAUCCGCAAUAUGGUGUGGAUAAGAUACGUAGGGGAAAGUUUGCCUUUCAUGUUGAUGUGGCAACCGCAUAUAAAAUUAUUGCGGACACAUUCAAUGAAAAGGAGAUUUGCGAACUCACAGAAAUUCAACUAUUUCCGCCACAAAAAAUGGUCAGCAUCGUGCAGAAGGGUUCACCAUUGCGCAAAAUGAUUACAUACGGUUUGCGACGUGUCACGGAAACGGGCCUUAUGGAUUAUCAGCGAAAAGUGUGGCACUCACCGAAACCGCGUUGCGUUAAACAAAUACAUACAGAUGAUUUGCGGGUGGACUUACAAACCUUUGCAUCAGCACUUUUGGUUCUUAUCUUUGGCUAUGCAGUUAGUUUACUGGCACUCAGCAUUGAGCUUAUACAACAUAAAUUAUGGCAACGCUACGUUGAUGAGGAGGCAGCACGAAAAUAAGUCGAAGGAAAUGAGUUGGUUGGUAUGCGUAGCUGUGGUCGCCGCUACUGUCUGCCACAGCAGGCAGUGACAAUCCACAACAGUGAUAUUUUGCAGAGCUGCCACGUACCACCUAUGUAUGUACUAUGUACCUACCUGGGACAGUGACAUCUAAACAAGAUACUAAAUGUUAUGUAGCACACCGCUGCAGAAGCCACAGCCAAAAAUUUGCACGCCCGCUACAAUAGCGCCCCUGCUACAUAUCUAGUGAGUUCAUAGUUUUCUGUAUUCGUAUAUCUAACUACGUGCGAUGCUCCAGAGCUUCACAACCUGUCAGUGUUGCAGGCUGUCAUGCCGCUGUGGCUAUAUGAUAGCUACAAGGAACUACAUACAUAGAAGGCUACCUAGACUGCUGAUAUGCCUAUACUUAAAACACAAACACAUACUCGCACUUAACAAUGCACAACUUUACAUUACUUACUCUCAGCUCUGGCACUAAUGCAUGCCUUCAGUGGCUUUGGCUGCCGUACCGCAUCGGUAGCAGCUUAGACACUGAAUGAGUUACCGUCACGGGCGGUGACAUUGACGUGCUGGACGCUGAGACAAUAUGGUUAAUUGCAUAUUUUUAGCUGCACUACAGCAGGUGGCGAUAAUUCAACCGGGAUGGCGUAUUAAAUUUGGUAGCUGAUAAUAAUCUAGCUUAUGCUAAGGAUGCUCGCUGAGCCUGACAGGAUUUUGUAGU